UGUGUGGUACACAAGCACGAUGGGACUUUCCAUUGUCUUAUCAUUGUUAAUUAUAGGUAUUUGUUCGGAAGUUCUUGGGAAUGGCAUAGGCAAUCGUUACUUUUUGGAGAAACAGCGUUUUUUGCUGGAAAUUUUGCAUCAUGUACACGAGCCUCUGAUGAACCAACAAUGGCGAUCACUGGGAGAGCACUUGGUAACCGAUAAGGAGCAGUAUGUGGUCUACAACGAUCACAUGACCGAGUUUUAUAAGGCCUUCAAUUUGGGAAAACUGUUAAAUCACAAUGUAUACUACAAUCCACUUAAUGCCGACCAUUUUCAACAGACGCUGGGACUUUAUCACUUUUUCUACAACACAAGAGACUGGUAUACCUUAUGGCAAAACAUUUGCUGGGCAAGAGUUCACCUUAAUCCAGGAAUUUUUGUUCAAGCUCUGACGCAAGUUAUCCUCAAAAGGGAGGACUAUCAGGCGCUUAUUAUGCCCAAGGUCUACGAAUUGUGGCCAGAAACGUAUCACGAUGACAUAACGCUAGCAAAGGCAAGGAACUUCAACUUUGCCAACUGGGUAAGAUACGAGAACACAAGUGAUAUUGAGGAAAUCCAUCCGCAGAAAAUGGAACCAUCAAGCUUGGAAGGUGAUCUGCGAAAUUCGCUUGAAUGGUUUCAGGCCAUGGCCGAUGUAAAUAUCCUGAGAAUGCAUCAGCAGAAAGGGGAGAACAAACUACAGCACUUGUUGGAGGACAUUGGUUGGCAGUCUUAUUGGUAUAAUCUGAACAUGGGUAUUGCUUUGACUGCGGAAAAGUCAGAUCAGUUGCAGGAAUGGUGCUACUAUCAAUUGAGCCAAAUUCUAGCACGUUAUAAAAUGGAACGCUAUGCGCAGAAGCUGUCCUAUAAGCAGUUAAAGCCAGCACGGAAUAUACAAAAACAUAAUCAUAGAUUUAAGGAAAGCUCUUUAAAAACUACGCAAAUCAUUAUGGAUUAUCUUGAUGAAUUCGAGGCCAAAGUUAGUGACGCUAUUUCAUUUAGAAGUCUUCAGCUAACUAAUGGCAGUAAUAUUGAUCUGGCAGAGAACGAAAAUUGGCUAACUGGACUAAGAGAACUGUUCCCAUACGAUUGGACACAACUUACCAUAGAAGAACCGAUGCAACCUGAGCUUUUGCUGGACAUUCGGACUUCUCUGAGGUCAGAAGACUUUUAUUAUUAUGCCGAGCGAUUUUUGCACUCAUAUCGUUGGUAUCGUACUGUGUUCCAACCCCCUAAUCAGAAAGCGUUCAUUCCCAGUGACCUUCGCAUCGAUGAUGUGCAAAUAAGUCCCCUGAUCACCUACGAUCAGCCAGUUGAUGUAGAUCUCAGUAAUAUCCUGCAUGCCAGGCAUUUCUACUUAGCAGGACAGUUUGUGUGGCCUUUUACCCUGCAACAACGACAGUUUCGCCUGCAGCACCAGGAUUUUAACUACAGCCUACAAGUAUCAAGCAACAAAACCCAAUCUACAAUUUUCAGAAUUUUUCUGACCACUCCAGGACAAGGAUCACUUCAAAGAGAGCCCUUUUAUCAGCUGGACUCGUUUCUCACUGUAAUAUAUCCAGGAGUCAACAGGAUUACGAGGAAUUCGAAAGAGUUUGGAGGCCUGAUUGGUGAUCACAUCUCGUACACUGAACUCCAUCAGUUCGUAAAGCUGGCAGAGAGGGAGGAAUACGACUUUCCCUUGAAUAUUUCCACUUCGAAUUGUGGAUUUCCUAGACGUCUGCUUCUACCGCGGGGAGGUUCAGGAAAUCCCCUGAAGAUACGACUUCUCAUCGUGGCCACCGUCUACGACUUCAAGGCUCGACAGGGCAACGAACUUAACUGCGACUUCACCAAGGGUAUCAGUCGAUGGGAUGAUUUACCCCUGGCUUAUCCCUUCGAACGCAUUCUGGAAGACGAUAACCAAGCUGUGGAGACCUCUGGUGACCAUGUCUACUGGAAAGAUGUAAAUAUCCUGCAUGAGAACUAUCAACCAUAAUAAAUGUAGACGUCCAAAGUAUAUAUGUUAUCUUUGAGUUAAACUUCUUACACAAAAUAUAAAUAAUUCCUUACAUAUUUUGUUAACUUAUCACAUUCGUAUAUUUUUUGUAUUUUGUAAUUUCACAACUGGAUGAAAUAAUAGAGACCUAAAGGUUUUUAUUAAACAAAAAAGUAUAGGAAACAUAUUUUUAAACUUUGUGGGACAGAUUUACUAUGUUAAUUCUGUUUGUAAUAUCUCUUUAUUAACGUCUAUCACCUAUCGAACAUAUUUUAAACAUUGUGGGAUAGAUUUACUAUGUUAAUUCUGUUUGUAAUAUCUCUUUAUUAACGUCUAUCACCUAUCGAACCUCGUAGGAAACCUCUUGGGCAACUCCAUAAAUAAACUUCAAUUUCAGUUAACCGUUUUCCUGUCUAUCCCCUUCCUAAUCCUAACAAAUAAACCCUUUAACGGAUAGUGACGCCAAAUUUGGGUAAUUACAAGGCAUGGAGGAAAUAUUAAGAAGACGGGCCACUCCACAUGGGGCCUUAGAACCCCAGAGCCACAGUCCCAACAUGUAUACAAUAUUAAUCAAAAUCACACUGGAAAAAA